CUUUCAAUCCCUCCCCUCAUUGUUGCGCGCCGUCAGUGAACGAGUCGCAUGCAUUUUAACAGAGAUUAAGCAAAUGCCACUGUUUAUUUACUCCUUUAGAUAAUAAAGAGCCCCUUUCUUUAGACAUUCUGAAUUUAAAACUUUCUUUAAGCUGAUAUCGGUUUCCUUAACCCGUUGCUCGUUCAAUCACACCUCAAUCGAACAUAAGCGGCCGUUUGCAGCACCGCCUUCGUCGCAUUGCAGGACCGCAUCCUAUACCAGCAUCCCCGUAUCUGCUCCCGGAGUUUCAUCGUAUAUCAGGAUACUGUUUGGCGCCGGCCGGCACCGCCACAAUCAUGUUCGGGCUAAGGUUGGUUUUAGGAGCGUGCCUCUUCGGCAUCUGUGCAGCCCACGUUAGGUUAACUUUCCCUCCUGCGAGGACCUAUGCUCUGGACUUUCUGGAUAAUGUCCGUACCACCGGACCAUGCGGCAUGGAGUCAAGUGAAGAUGGUCCAGUGACGACCUUUGCCCCUGGUGACGUCAUCAAUGUGACCUGGCAUCUGGCCUACGCUCACAGGGGUGGUUAUAGAAUCGAGAUCAUCAACCGAAACGAUGGGGUAAUCCAGGCCAACUUGACAGAGGGCGCGUAUGUCAGUGACAACGACACAACUGCUUGGAGCCAUGAGGUUACCAUACCCUCCAUGACUGGGGCCUACACCCUUCGUCUCAUUCGACAGGCCGCCGAAUGGGUGACCGGAAAUCCUGAUAUACCGUACCUCUUCCGGAGCUGCGCAGACAUUAAUAUUACCACAUCUGCUACUUGCAACGGUGGGGAAUGUUCAGGACAUGGAACGUGUAUGAACGGCAUGUGCAUGUGUGAUGCUCUCUACUCCGGCGAGUUCUGUCAAUAUGAAGAUGAGUGCGUCAACGAAGGUAACUGUGGAGGUGCAAGCCGGGGAGAGUGUGUUGACCUCGGUAUCACCACCCAUCCCAGGAGGCAGUGUUUCUGCAAGCCAGGAUACUUCGGCAAAGACUGCAUGAGUAUGAAUCCAUCGGGUUUCGCCAAUCCAGCGACCUAUGACCUGUCGAAUCACUUCCGCCGGGAAGUAAACCCGAGAUAUACCUUGUACUACAAAGUGAUUGAGAAUGGUGAGAUUGAAAUUGCUAUUGAUGCCAUGAGUACCACUUGGGUAGGUUUUGGAUGGAGACCACAAAACAUUAAUAGUAGCUGUCAGAACUGGCCAGUCCAUUACACCACUGGAGGCGCGGUGGGUGAGCCCGAAUCAGAGUCGGAAGCGGAAGCAGAAGCAACACCGGAGCCUGCGUCGGGAAGACGGCGACGUCAAGCCUCGGACGAGGUCAGGGUUCGAGUGGUCCGUGACAACCACGGUGACGACGACGAUCAAGCUUGGCAAUGCAUCGUCGGGCAAGGCCCCGUUCCAGAAGGUGAGCCCGAAGGCGAACCCGAAGGAACCUCCGAGCCAGCAGCAGAAGGCACCCCCGAACCCGAAGGAGAAGCGACCCCAGAACCAGCUGCUGAGGGUACUGCAGAACCCGAACCGGAAGGAGAACCAGAGGGAGAACCGGAAGGAGAACCCGAACCAGGAAGUCGUCUGCAUCCUAUGGACUGCAUGGAUAUCACUAUUGGUAUGGUAACCCAUGACAACCUAACCCGUAUCCAUGACUACUACACACGUGACCGCUCAACGCCCCGCCUUGAUUCUUUCUACGGAGGUAUGGACAACUUGGUGGCUGCUAUGGGUGUCCAGUGGAGUAAUGGUUGGACUCGAAUUAUCUUCAGGAAGAAGCUUGAAGCGACUGAGUUGACUGACCAUUCCAUCGCCAACAAUGCUCCGAUGAUGACCAUUUGGGCCCGAGGACAGGAAUUCGGUCGCUAUGUCCACGUCCCUCCCAGUGGUAUAGAGUUCUGUCAGACCAAUGACUACAUGUUCUACCGCAAGGAUGAACUCAAGUACCACGGUACGGCCCAAGACCAGCGCGGUCUCAUCCCAAGCCUCAAUUUCUACAUGGAUCCGGAAGCUGUUUCUAACAGAUGCAUCACAGAAGAAGUGGUGAUGGGAUCGAACUGCCAGGGAAGUGGGCCUCGAUGCGACAUGAGGGUCACUAUCGAGUUUAUGGAAGACACCGAUAGUUAUGACGUCACAAUCAACACACCGUUACAGGCGAACCAGUGGACCGCGGUCGGCUUCUCAAGUAACGGUGAUAUGGUCAGAUCUGAUGCUAUCCUCGUCUGGGUGGAUGACAGUAGCAUGGUGCAGAUAAGAGACUACCAACUCGAAGGGAAAGUUGCGUCAGCCGUGGUUGAGGAUAGCGAUAGCAGUGGCUUGACUAUCGAUAGGGACAUGACUUCCUACGUCAACGGAAUUCUUAAUGCCAAGUUCAACCGCCUCCGAAACACAGGCGACAGAAACGAUUUCCAAUUCACUGACGAAGAUAGUGGUUGUGCCAAACUUCUGUUACCAGUACCUGGUGAUGGUUUUGGUGUUGUGAAUGAUGGUGGCAUGCCACAGUACCAUGGACGCACACCCAUGGUAACAGGCAAAACGUGCAUCAAGGCUUGCACAACUCCAUCUUCGCCAACGGUAGGAGACGGUGGUGGUUCCGCUACAAGCCUAAAACCCCUUGUAUCAUUGACCUUUGUCCUGGUGACAAUAGCCUCAAUUCUCUUUAUUUCGCGCUAAAAUCUCGAGAAAGAAAACUUCAGGCAAUUUAUGAAUUUAUUAGAUUUUUCACUUUAUCACUUUCAAAUUAAAGGCUGAAUCAAUAAUAUACAAUAAAUUGUGGUAAAUAAUGAACAUGAUAUAAAUAAUUUUUAAGGAAUGUGUAAGCAUAUGUUGUUGUUGUUUUUUCUUAUAUGUGACAACAGGUUUCUUUUUAUUUUGUAUUUCAGUAAUUACGAAGUCCUUUUAUCCAUGCUAUUAAAAUCAGCCUAUGCUGCAAGGUCUAAAAUCGAAUAAUGUAAUUUCUAUAUAAGUUUUUUUUCCCGGUGGGCGAAAUCAAUUUUGUUAACGUUUAAGAACGUCUAACGACAUAUUUGGUACAAUUCAUAUUUUGUGUAGUUACCAUUUUGUAAUGAGCCCAAGGCAGUUGGACCGAAUGGGAUUAGCCGAAUCGGAUAUUAGGCGAAUUGGUGUUUCGGCUGAGUGUAAAUUAUGAACAAAUUGCUUUGUACAAAUUGAAUUUAAGCGGCAUGGAACUCAUUAUAACUUUUACCUAUAGACCUAGUGGUAUCUAGGUCCGAAUCUUAAUAUGACGAAGGCGAACUGAAAAUAUUGAUUUUUCUUGUAUAGCACUCGUAUACUGUUCAUUUUUGUGUAAUUUCUACAUUUAUUUAUUGAUCAAAAUUUAUUGAUCAAAUGAUUAUUUGUGAAUUUAGUUGUUGUUUUCUGCAAUCACUGUAAAUCAAGAUACGUUAUAGUUUAUACUUACAUGUAUUUUAAUUUGUACGUGGCAUGCAUGAGGCUGAUGGGUAUGAGUAGAAGUAUGCUUGAGAUAGUUUCUAACCAUACCAAUCACGGAAUUGGGUAGUUGAAGUUAUAAAUUGUCUUUGUUCAUGUUCGUUCAUCAACGUGUUAUAGUUUCUGUGUUUUCAUAACGCACAAUGCUCGGAUACUGCAGUGACGUUUUUUUCUUUUUAUGGGGUUGGGGUCAUAGAGAUAUUCUUAAUGGGGGUCGAAUGUGGCACGUACCCCAAGUGACAUUUUCAGGGGAAGGGAAGAAAGUGAUGAAAAUAUGAAGAAAAGUCAACUUUACAGUAAACAAUGACAAUCAAAAUAACCUCUGCAUGGGGCGAUUGUUGUAGCCCCCCCCCCCGGCACCAGAUAAUAUAGAGGGGCGCAGAUUGUAGCUUUUUUACCGGGAGCCGAUUUUUUUACAUGCCAUGAUAUUUAAAUGUCUAUUAAUGUUUCUCGAAACAGCAACUGGAAAAAAUACACUGUUAAUGUGAAAUUAUAACUAUGUCGAAACUCUAUGUAGGUCUAAAAAUAAACGAGUGGAAAGAUGAAUUAAAAUAAUAAACUACCCAAAUCCUUCCCUAACCAUUGAAUAUUUUGGCAUAUACCCCUUGUGCCUUCUUUUAUGUCUGAAAGUAACACAGGUUCACCCGGGUCUAUUUAAUAAUAUUGACCACUUGGCACUUCACGGAGGUGCCUUAUUUUGCAAACCAGCAUUCUGCUUUAUAACUGCAACGCACAUUUUUCUAAUAAAUCAUCAGGAAAUGUACAGCGGGUAUGAAAAGGGGUGAUUAGUUUUUGCUAUGACAACGAUUGGUGACAAUGACGAUAAUCAUGAUUAUGAUCAUGAAAAUAAGAGUAAUGAAUUAUAACGUAACAAUUUGAUGAUGACAAGGCUAUACUAUACACCCACUACUACGAUAACAAGAAUCACAGGAAUGAUAAUAAUAUCAGAAUAAUUAUGAUGCUAAUAAUAAUCACCCCCAAAACAAAAAGUAACAUAACACAGGAUUAAAGGAUUAAAAUAUAUUCAUAGGCCACUAUUUUAUUCAGAAAAUAGGUUUGGACGAUCAGUGUACUCCAAAUAAUAUUAUACUGAUUGCAUUUAUAGUAAUAAAGUUGUUAAACAAUUGGAUUGCCUAGUGUGUGUAUGAUCAUGAUUUAUCGGAAUGUCUAAAAAAUGUUCUAUAACGAAAUGUUAACUUGCGUUGAUUUUCUUUCGAUGAUCAGUUUCAGUGACUCUGAGAGAAAAUAGUCAACACGAUCAAUUGGGUAAAGUUUUUUUCUCAUUUAAAAGAAUAUAAAAACAAUUGGGUAACAAAAAAAGAAUAUGAAAAAACAAUUGGGCAACAAAUAAUUAAAUUAUAGGCGAUAGCUAAGAGUGAAUUCAUGGAAAGCAUGUAAAAUCACAAAAGAAUCAAUGGAGUAUGAGUAAUUUCAUAUUAGGGAGUAAUUUUAGAUGUACAAAAGAUGUAUAUAAAAGGAAGAGAUUAAUCAUAGAACUUUAUGCACUUUUAUCUGCUUAUAAUUUAGAGUGACUUUAUGACAUUAAAUCUAUAUCAUUCUGUCAAAUUGUUUUUAUUGUCUAUUGUGUACACAUUAAGUAUUUUUCAAAAAAAAUAUUUAAAAGAGAGUCAAACGAAACGCAUGUUUUAAUUGAUUAAAGUUAUUGUUUUAUUUUUUUGGUCAUAUUCUUUUAAAACCAAACCAAUUAAACUGACAUCAAUCCAUUCAUUGAUGAAUAUGUGGUAGUAUCGUCUUAAAUAUUGAUGAAUGGGUGAAAUCUACAUGACUGAUGAAUACUUAGAAGUGUUGAUGAAUACGUGAAAUUGUUUGAAUAUAAAUAUAUUUAUGAUUAUCUUCAGUCAUGGUCGGAAUAUUAAUGAGAGGAAACAAAUAUCUAUAUAUUUUAAGUGUAAUGCAAAUUAAUAAAACCUAUACACUUUUUAUCAUCGAGUGCAAAGCGGAAUGAAACAAUUUUGUAGUUUCAUUUUACAUAGGUUUAAUAAUAAAGGUCUGUAAUUUGUUAUCUACAUGCUCAUGUUUCUAUGUUGUUAAUGAAGACGUGACGUGUCAAUUUGUAAAGGAUCUGUCAAAGCUGAUCGUUUCAGAUAGCUAUGUUGAUACCUUAGGCAAGCCGUCUCUCAUUAUUUUUUUAUAUAUAUAAAUAUAUAAUUCCACAUUUCAAUAACAGAGGAGUACAACCAUUAUAUUCUAAAUAACAAGAUAAUUCUUUUGUUCACAACACAAAAUGAUUUUUUUAUAAAAAGAAUAUGACUUAUUCGUAUAUUGUGUUGUUAAAGAAAAAUUAUUUAAGAAAAUGUAUUUUGAUUAUAGAAAAAAGUCCUGUCAUACGAAUGUAUACACUGGCUACACAGUAAAAAUGCCGUUUGAAAUUAUAAACAACGAUUUUUACUACACGGACCUUACAGCACAAUGCUUCAUUUACUGGGUAUUAAAUAUUUCAAAAAAUAAACUUUGUUGUUUAAGAUUUGUAAACACUUGUUUGAACCGUUUAAACAACUACUGUAAUGUUCAUAUAGUAAACAGCGUUGUAUACAUAAAUAAACAUCAUUUUUACGUGUAAAACACCAUUACGUGAUUGUCCCUUUACAUGUAUUUUUUUUCUUAUUACUAUAGCGGAAAACGAUUUAAUCGACGAUUCCAGCGGGAUCUGGUCACACUUUUUUGCUUUAAUAGUUUUAUCACGACUUUUUGAAGUAUGUCGUAUCAGAAACAGAGGUUACAAAUCUGUUAAUUGGAGUGAAACAAAAAUGUAUAUUCCUUACAAAGUUUACAACAUAUAUAUAUAUACCUGGCUGAUAGAACUCCAUCGAGUUUCUAGUAAUGUACAACUCGAUGACGAACAGUGUCUUGCUUUUUAAUAUAUGUAUUUUAAUUUUGCAUUAGACAAUAAAUGAAACACGUUUUCACCCAAAGUA